AUGCCUAUGACUUGGAAUGCUGAUGCUGACGCGAAGCUUUUCGCCGCCGUCCUCGCAACCUCCGCUGUCAAAAUUGAGUACGACGACGUCGCUCAACUCAUGGGUCCAGACUGUACUAAAAAGGCGGUCAUCCAUCGGAUCAACAACAUCAAAUCUAAGGCGAAGGAGGCAGGUCUCGUCGACGCAGUCGGCACGGCAACCACGCCCAAGACUCCAGGCAAACGAGGUCGCAAAGUCAAGACUGAGCCGGACGAUGAUGACAACAACGCUAGCGACGAGAGUCCUACGAAGAAGUCAAAGACCACUCCCGCAAAGGCAAAGGCAAAAGCAAAGGCGCCGAUCAAGCCGGAGCCCGCCAACGGAACGAAGACAGAGGUGAAAUACGAGAACGAGAGCGACGAAGAGAGUAACAACUAG